GUUCUCAACGCGCACUUCCAGAAAACGCCCAGCUUCUCCAGCAGCAUGUCCGCCGGGCUGUCCGCGGCCUACUUCAUCUGCCCGCUCGACCGUCUCGGGCCUGGUGCUGCGCCGCUGCGGCUUUCGCGUCACCUUCAUGGUGGGCCUCGCCGUGCUGGCCAUCGGCUGCCUCCUGUUCUGGCCUUUGGUGCUCAAGCGCGCUCGUUUGGAGGUUUCUGCGAGAGCAUGUUCGUGGUCGGCGCGGGCCUAGCGACUCCCGAAACCGCGGCCGGUCCGUUCCUCGCCAUCUGCGGCGCCCGCCGUGCUACCCCGAGAUCCGGCUCAACUUGGCUCAGACCGUACAUGGGGUUUGGAUCUUUUGCUGCGCCUUUUGUUGGUUCACAGCUGUUCUUUGCUAGCGAUGUCGGGACGGACGAGGGUCUCAGAACCGCUCAAUGGGUUUAUCUCGGCACGGCGGCCUUUGUGGGCCUGCUCAUCGUGCUCUUCUUCCUGGCGCCGAUGCUGACAUGCAGUUCCAAGAGAUUGAAAUUGGCCAGCAGAACCCGCGUCCGCUGCGCACGCAGUUCAUCCUUUUUCUUGCAGAAUGGGCGCAGUUUUGCUACGUUGGAGUACAGGUUGCAGUGGCGAAACUACUUUAUCCAGUUUUGUGUCUCAUCGGGCACGACAAAGGCACGAGGUGCUGAACUCUUUGCCCUUGGACAAGGCCUGUAUGCGCUCAACCGCUUCGUCGCAGGAGGGCUGAUGACGAUACCGGCCGUAAAGCCUCGUUACAUCUUGGCGCUGUAUCUGGGCAUGCGCUACAUAUUUAUCGCCCUCGCCAUGAACACGCGCGGCCCCGUCUCGAUAACCAUGUUGAUACUAAUCCUAUGCUUCGAGUCGGCCUGCUUCCCGACCAUUUUCAUGCCGGAACUAAGGGGUCUUGGCCGCCACACCAAGAUCGGAGGGUCGCUCUUUGCGGCCGCCAUCUCGGGAGGCAUGGUGUUCCCGCCGAUGGCGGGGGCCGCGAUGGAUGAGAGCGGAGCCCAUAUGGCUAUGGCUGUGCCGAUGGUGGAACACAUACUGGCCUGGACAAGCCCUCUAUACGUCAACGGCUGGAAUCGUGAGGUGAUGGACAUCUACCGUGAAACGACCUACGGCCUCGAGCUCCUGGGCGACAAGGACGUACAGUUGGACAACCGGGGAGCCCACUAG